CGUCAUUCUUAUGGCUUCCGGAGUAUUUCCUUAAUUUUCGUAAUGAGAUCAAACGUUGGCUUAAUCUUUAAUUUCAAUAAUAACAGCACUAUAAAUAAAGAUGAAACUCAAUCACAUGAAAUUGCAUUUUUUAUGCAAAAUCAACGCGACGCGGAUUGUUGGUGUCCCAACACUUUAUCUUCAACAGUUGUCAACAUCAUAGAAAGACAUGAACAGAUAAAUGAGCGGCUUCAGGCAACAUCAAUCGCAGAUAUUCUCGCCGGAAUACAAUUUGAUUCUAAAAGAAAUGAAAACGCAUCUUUAAAUGAAGAAAACAGGGAUCAAGACGGGGUAUCAGAUAUAGAACAGACUAUUACCGAGACCCCCAUCCCUCAUCCUCACUUACAACCUGGAAAAAACAAGAUCACAAAUGCUUUGUAUGAAGACAAAAAAGAACGUGACAAUGUAUGGAAGAACAAACCUAUCCUUUACAAUAAUCCUUUCGAUCCUCGCAUCACUUUCGAGGGAUUGCAACGACAACAGACCACCAAAGCCCAGAAUAUUAGUGACGCAGAACGUCUUAUCGGGUAUACAGAUACGUUCAACAGUUUCUUAGAUAUUGUAAACCCAUCAGGAUUUGCUAACUCUUACCUGCAUACAUAUCGACAAUUUCUCAGGGACCUUAGGAAUGACAGCCAGCAGUUGGCGAAAACUGAUCCCUUUAAAAUUCCUACUCUGAAAAAAGAUGAAUCAAGGUUUUUCGACAAAUUAGAAUCCGGUUUGCGCACGACCGAAGAGAAGGUACAUGAUGCUCCGUGUUAUGUCGGAAAUGAAUGUGAAAACAUAGAUAUGUGGUCACAAAUAACAGCGGUCAGAGGAAUCUGGAUGGAGGACGACCAGCGUGGACAGUCACCAAACUUAAACGACGAUUGUUCAACAAAAAGCGUCCUGGUAGCACUUUUCUCAAAGAGUACGGAGGAUUUACAUAGCAAUUCUUCGAAGCAAGCCGGUAACGAGCAAGGUGUCAGUGAAAGACCAGAAAUUAAUCGUAAGCAUUUACUUACUGAGACGGUGGAAGAAGCCGCUGGUACUAACGAAAAUCAAUCUGAAAAAGCAGUACAAAGUCGCAUACUACCAUAUUUACUCUCUGUACAUCAUAACAACUCAGAUUCAAAAGCAUCUGCAGAUAUACAAAUCGAACAGAAUCAAGGAAACGCAGGACCAGACCAGUAUAAUAUUGAUCAAAGCAAUAAAAUCAUAGCACUAGAAGAGUUGGAUGAGAGUUUAGCCGGGCAGGAAAAUGUCCAGACCCACAAUAUAGAACCUGGGGAAACAUUUUGGGCUCCAACUGAAGCCGGUGACUUUAUAACGAAUCAGGGAACUUCUUUUGUACCUCCGUUUAAUCCAUGGUCAACAGUUCAUGUCGAAUACCUGGAUAGACCUGUUGUUGCCGCUCAGACGUCUAUGUUUUGGUCCCAUCAGCAGCGGCAGCAGCAACAACAACAAAAACAGCACCAACAACAGAAUCGGCAAGAACCCCAUUCACAGCAAGAUCAAGAAGUUUAUGACCAAACCACACAGGAGAGUUAUAAGCAGCAGCAGAACCAACAUAUGUCGCUAAAAGAGCAACCACAAAGACCAGACAGUCACCUCCAGAAACAACAAAAUCAGCAAUUUCAAGUACAAGAAUUAUACUAUCAUCAUAACCAGCAAGAUGAUUUUCCUCUCCAGCAGCAGCAUCAGCAUCAGCAACAACAGAUGUUUCAAAAUCAAUACGCAGAGCAACAGAAACCAUUGCAGCAAACUCAGUACCAGCAGCAGCAAUACGGGCAGCAAACACAACAACAACACGUAGAGCAGCAAAAUAUGCAUUUGUAUCCACCACCAAUGCACAAACAGCAACGAGCACAAAGUCAACAUCUCAAACAACAGCGUUUGCAAAAUAGUUACCAACAAACACAUCAGUAUAGAGUUCACCCUACUCAUCAAAUGCCCCCUGUGCAGCAGCAGCAGCAGCAGAACUCUCAGCUACAAAUUCAAUUUAAUCCAAAUCAUGUGCUAUUUCAACCGCAAUAUGGUAACACACAAGUUCCAGGAAACAAAAUGAAUCACGGUAAUAUCAGCCGUCAACAAUGGUCAGGAAUGCAACAGAAUUAUGGGCAAGCAUCUGUCCCGGACAGGUACACUUAUACAAACGGAAGUCAACACUCGGCAAAUGUUCCACAACCUCAGCAUUACGCGCAAACUAGCGGUAGACCAGUCUACCAAAAUAAUGAUUAUUAUUCCGGAGUAUAUUCGCAAUACCAAACCACUAACAGUUUGAACGGAUGCCAACGCUCCAAUUAUCACCAACUGAAUGGCAAUCAAGCUUAUCACCAACCAGCAGGAUCAAUGGCAAAUGCACAGGUUAUGAAUCUUAAUUUUAUUCAUGAAAGACCGCAGCAUAAUAAUGUACAGUUUGAUGACGAGGUCUGGUAUAUUAAUGGUAUACCACAUCAACAUGCAAAACCCGUGCAGCCGAACGAAAAUGUAGAGCUAGCACCGAAUCAACAGUAUUGGCCGCAUCCCUAUAGCCAUCCAAAUACUGUCCCACCCAGUAACAUAAAUGCACAACAAUCUUACCAAAGUAGUAGCAAGAUGGACUCUGGCGUUAAUGCAAGAGGUAACAAUCAGCAGAAAUUUUACGAUCACAACCAAGUAGAAAGCAUAGCCCAUAACCCUAACAAUAGCAACAACAACAACAACAACAACAAUGCCGAAGUUGAUGAGACUUUGAACGAUUAUUCAAAGGAAACUUGCGCUUUAGCUGAAUUAGAUGUAUGCUCUGAAACGUGUUCUACAGACUCUGUACCUUCCAGCAGGUCCGAACAAAGCUUAUUCAAACUGUCAGAUGAUAUGACUGAGAAUUCAAGAGAGAGUUGUGAAAGUGAAACACCGGACACUUGGUCUGAGUUCAGUGAUACUGAUGAAGAAGAGUGGUUUGACGCUAAUGCACCGCAAUGUGACCUGGUUAUUGAAGAAACAAACCUGGUUAUUGAAGGAACAAACAAUGAUUUUGAAGAUGAGAAUGUCAAUGAAUCUCUCAGUUCUUGUAAAAUGAAGAAGUCGGAGGACUUUGUUGGGCGUCAAAUUAAAGUUGUUAGUGGCAGAUCUAAAGCUAACAGAGAAAGACAAUACCAAAGAAAGUCUAGAACUAAUAGAACAUCUCAUUUGAUUCAAAUAAUAUAAUAUGUUUGCCAAUAAAUUAUUAAGUUUACAUAGCAUAUUUGAUUAGAAAUUAUUUGCAGUAAAUAUAGUUUACUCACAUACUCGUGUCCCUUUCACGACUCCGUAAAACGGUAUUCAUUUGCCAGCGUUAUUUAAAGCGUGCUAAUGAUUGUGUUGUACUGUAGGUGCGUCAAUGAAAAAAUGAAUUUUGUUUCUGAAAAAUGGUUCUUUUUAGGUAUAUGAUAAUAGAAUUCAAUAUUAUAUUUUGUUUAGGUUCAGUAGUGGACUUAUUGAAAUAGGCUCGCGUAAUAUAAUUUUGGUAAUCUCGUUCAAUAAAUCCAGUAUUGAACCGACACUCAUCCACUAUCCUAUACUUAAUAAAUUAAUGAAAUUAAUAAAUUAAUUAUUUUUACAAUUGAUCAACAAUUUCUUUAUUGUUUUAUUUUUAUUUUUAUGAUUAUUAUUAUUUUAUGAUUGUCUGACAUAUUUCACUCAGUUAUAGAAUAUCCAUAGUAAACUAUAUGAUCUUCGUUCUUCACAUUGUAAUGCAAAAGAUUUAUAUUUGUAAAAGAAUAAACAUCUUAUUAAACUCUU